AUGUCUACUCCUAACAUAGAAGAAACCAUCUUUAAAUACGAGACCUUUAUCAACGACGUACUAAGAGAAGACCUACGUCGAGUGCAAAUAAAAUUAGAAAAAACCAACGCCGAAAUUUCAGACUUGAUCCAAGAGAAACAUACAAUAAGAGUGAUCACAGACAAAAAGAUGCAUCCUAACGGCUUUAAGACACAAGUAAAUAUAGGUUGCAACUUUUUUAUGGAGGCAGCAGUCCGUGAUACUUCUAAAUUGCUAAUGAAUAUAGGUUUAAAUCAUUAUUUGGAGUUUACACUCGAAGAGGCUAAUAAGUACUUGGAUGUAAGAAUAAAAGCGUUUGAGGAGCUGGCUACGGCAUUGCAGAAUAAGGCUGCUAAGAUUAAGGCACAUAUCAAAAUGAUGCUCAUUGGAAUUGGACAGUUACAGGAUGAACAGAAUGUGGAAGUUCCGAAAAGACGACGGAGUGUGAAUGACGACUCAUUACAUGGUAUAAAAGAGAGAUAG